CUGGCAUUCAUCUGACACAGAGAGAAAAUGGGUGCCUCGCGAUCUAUUCCUGACGGUGAACCCCUGAGAAUCGUGCUGAUUGGGAAGACUGGAGCGGGAAAGAGUGCUGUGGGAAACACCAUACUGGGGAGAGCAGUUUUUCCAUCUCAUACCUCUCUAAACUCGACUUGUUCAAGAGGAAGUACUAGUAGUCCAAGAUGUAUUGAAGUGAUUGACACACCUGGUAUUCUAGACACAGGUAGAAAUGCAGAUGUAAAAGAAGAGAUAGUGAAAUGCAUUAAGUACUCGUCUCCAGGACCCCAUGUGUUUCUGCUGGUGGUUCAGGUGGGCAGGUUCACUAGGGAGGAACAGAACGCAGUCAGAGCCCUACAGGAGAUCUUUGGGGAAAAAGCUGCAGACUAUACGAUUGUCCUGUUCACUCGCGGUGAUGAUCUGGUGGGUCAGACUAUUGAUGAAUAUGUGAGAUCUGCUCAUCCCAACCUGAAGAAAGUGAUUGACAGCUGUGGUGGACGAUACCAUGGGUUCAACAACAAGAGCAGUGACUACACUCAAGUUGUGGAGCUGGUGAAGAAAAUAGAUGAGAUGGUGAAGAGUAAUUGGGGAAGUUACUUCACUAUGGAGAUGUACAGAGAAUAAUUUCUCCCCUCUUGACACUUCCACAUGUUUUUCAGUGCCCUCUACAGUAAAGUCCCCUCGAUGAGGGAAGUGGUAAAACGGGACACCAUAUAUAUACUUUUCAUUCAGGAAAAUACCUGUUCCAGCGGUUGUGUUGCCUGUUGUUUGUGCUGUGUUAGUUUAUCUACAUCUGAUUGAACUCUGGAUAAGCCCGCACCCUGAAUAUUGACAAAGCUACCCAGAUCAGAUGUAUGUUUGAUGGGCAGACUCUCUCGGAGUACUCAGGAGAUAUCAUGAAUAUUGUCAGAUAGCUUUGUGAGAUAUUUUAUAUACAUUUCUAAAAAAGUGAAAAUCAGUGUUUUAGCCUAUUGCGUGUUUUUUUUUUUUUUGUGGUCAUUUGUGAUUUCCUGACCCAUUUGUAUUCUUUCGGGUCUGUGGUCUGUAUUCAGAGGAACAUUUGUUUAUUCGGUAACACUUUACAUUGCAGAUCGGUAAUAAGUGGGUAAUGUUAUGGUAAUAUGUAUGCAAUUUAACCUUUUAGGCGCCAGAGGUUUUUUCCUAAAACGUUCCAUUUUGACAUAUUAAUUUCAAAAGGCUUUAACUUAAAAGUGAUAAGAGAU